AUGAAGGAUCUUUGUAAUGUUGUCCUUCUUCUUUUGCUAACAAACUUUAUUCCAAAGGAGGCAAAUGGCCUAGAACUAAACUACAUCGGCUGCUUUCAAAAAGUUUUGUCUAUAAAAGUUUGGUAUAUAAAAAGAAGUGAUGGUAAUUUCGAUGACUGUGCUUCAAAUUGCUGGAGGGAAUUUAGCAUAAUUGCAUUAAAGAACGGUCGCGAAUGCAACUGCGUAGCUCGUGUGGAUGCGGCAGUGGCUUCCUGGCAGUGUGACAAGCUUUGUAAUAACAAGGCAUGCGGAGGACUGGAGUUUUAUUCUGUUUAUAGAUUUAAGCCACUUUCGAUACACGACCUAUACUACUGCCAUUUGACGCCAAAUGCUAAAGAGAGCGCCAUAUAUUCACGAAAUUUUGACAGUCUGGAUAAUCUCGAAAUGUGUGCGCAUUUCUGCUUGGAAAUGAACAUGACAUUCUUUAGAAAGGAUUCCAACAAAUGUGACUGUUUCCAGGCCGUUAAUUAUGGAAAGUUUUUUAAAAGAACAUCCGAUAUAAUUUCUACAGCAUGCCCAAAAAAUGUAAAUGAAAUCUGUGAUUAUUUAUUUGAACAUCAUCUUUGCCUUUCUCAUGUAUUUGCUACGCGACCAGAUUACGAAUUCCAGAGAGGAGUAUCAACUUUCUCUCACUGCAAAAUCAUAAACUAUGAAAUACAAGAAGGGUGUCCAGAAGGUUGUAGUAAAGGCUGGAAGGGAGAUUCGUGCAGAGAAAGAGAUUGUACGAGGAACAAUGGUGACUGUGGUGACGAGAUGAAAUGUAUUGAGUCCACGGUCAAUAGUAAUAAGUACGUUGAAUGCGUCUGCCCAUUGGGCACCGUAAGAAAUAAAUGGUACUUGUGCGAGGUGUUUAGGGAGAACGUGGCUCUAGAUCAAUUAUCAUGUUGGUUGAGUUUUGCUUACCCUGGCGACAAAGACGUCUCAAAUGACGGAAUAUAUAACGGUUACGCUCUGAGUGUUAACGACAAGCGAAAUAUACUAAGCGUUGUUUUCCCCAAUCUUUAUUCCAUUGGGUAUGUUAGAAUUUACGGGAAGCUAUGUGAAAAUGAAAGGGAUUGCAGUCAACUAGAUAAGUUUGUGAUUAAACUCGGUCCAUCAGACGAUGAAAGAAAUCUUCCAGAAACAUGCGGCUAUGGACCUGACGAAGCCAUACAAGCUGGAAAUCCCAUGACUGUUAUCUGUAAAGAUUUUACAUAUCGUUCAAAGCUUGUUGUUUUGCUGCAGUCAGACGAAAAGAUUGGAACAGGAAAUCCUACAAUAGCAGAGAUGGAAGUAUAUGAAGUUAGUUGCGGUGUCUUGAACGGAAGAUGUGAACAAAGGUGCACUGAAUCGAAAGAUGGAGACGCACACGUUGUCAGCUGCAGUAGUUGGACUGAUGAACAAGCUGUAACAAACUCAUUUUACGGAUGUUACUUGAAAGUGUCAAGUGACCUUCACUUCAAGAAGGCUGGUUUAUCGUACUUGCAAUGUAAAGAUGCCUGCACUUUAAUGUCAAAAAGUUUAGCAGUGAUGCAAGCAGGUUUCAAAUGUUAUUGCGGCAGUAGUUUGAACAUAGCUGGUAACAUCCCAGUGGAAGAUUGCAAGAAAGGCCAUUACGGAUCCAACCUUAUAUUUGAUGACUGUGACAUGCAAGAUGAUUUUUGCAAUAAAGUCAAUGGAACUUUAAACCUCAUUACAACAACUUCCAAAGCUACCAAACAUGACAUUUAUGAUACAAAUUCUACUGAGACUUUAGAAACCAUCGUCAUUAUCAAGCCUUCCGACGAAUCCACAAACAUCACAUCAUUGCAAACGCAGCUUUACGAUUCUUACAACAUAUAUUUGGUCAUCACGUCAGGUGUGACCACCAUCGCCUUCCUCUUCAUGCUAGCUCUUUUAGUUAGAGAACUGAAGUUAAAACGUGUGAUACCAAAAAGAACAAGCGAAACCUCAGGCAGAAGCGCAAGGAUUUCAAGCAGCAGUGAAGUUAGAUCCUCAAGAAAUAGUUUGAGUGUGAAUAAUACUGAAGCAAUAUAA